CCACUCUUCGACAACGAAGCUCAAGCACAUAAUUUUCUUGGUCUUCUUGAUGCUAUUUUUAUGAUCGCUUAUGCUGCGGGGCUAUUCUUCUGGGGAUGGUUGGGCGACCGAUCGAAUCCUAAAUACGUAAUCGUCAUUGGUAUGAUAGGAUCGGCUAUCACGAUGACGCUGUUUGGAGCAUUGCCAAAAUGGGCUAAAUUGUACAAUGUUCCUUAUUUUGUCUUAACCUAUACUUUAUUCGGAUUUGUGCAAGCAUGUGGUUGGCCGAGUGAAAUUGCUAUCAUGGCCAACUGGUUUGGCAAAGCCAAUCGUGGUUUUAUCAUGGGUAUGUGGGCAUCAUGUCAGCCUCUCGGUAACGUUUUUGGAUCCGAAUUCGUUUCUCUCAUGGCACCGAUGGGUUACGAGUUUGCAUUCAUUUAUGGCGCUAUUCUUAUGGUCGCUGGUGCUGUGAUUGUAAUGUUAACCAUUAGAGUGAAACCCAAGGAAUCACACUUGGUUACAGAGGAAAGUAUCGGGACAGGAAUGUCGGUGGUGGUAGAGGAAGAAAAUCGAGAAGCUAUUGGACUUUUCAGAGCUCUUCUGUUGCCUGGAGUGCUUGCAGUGAGUUAG